UCACCAGUUUAGCUGUGGACACGUCUGAGGCUCAGUCCCUGCAUCGUUACGGAUUAUGUGUGUACACUUACAAAUACUGGACAUUACCCAAAGAGGAAAUCAGUUUCUUGUGUGUUAAACUGUCACAGAGUGAACGGUGGCUCUUCACCAGUAACAGCAAACACAGCUUAUCACUAUGUCGAGUGGAGUUUUAGGUCGUCUGAGCAGCUUGACAUUAAACAUUAAGCAGCUAGUCGGCCUGCUUCGGCUUUCCCCGUCUCUUCAUUCCUUGCCGUCCCCUCAGGCCACCGUGGGAGCCACAAACGUGCCCGGUCUGUUCCGUGAGCCUUACAUUCAUUCAGGCUACCGUCCUAUAGGCCAGCCAUGGCAUUGUUAUGCUCUCAGCCUCUUUCAAAGCCACAACGAGUUGCUGAACGUCUGGUCACACCUUCUAGCAGUUCCUGUUGUGCUGCUGCGCUUUUGGCUCUUUGCUGCCACAGGAAGCCUGACUCUAGACGCUUCAUCGCUGCCACUCUGCCUCUACCUCCUUUCGUCUCUGACCUACCUCACCUGCAGCACAGUAGCCCACUUACUUCAGUCUCACUCAGAGCUUUCACACUACUCUCUCUUCUUUCUGGAUUAUGUCGGCGUGGCUGUGUAUCAGUACGGAUCAGCGCUGGCUCAUUAUUUCUACUGCUCUGAGGAGGAGUGGAGGCAGAGCCUGGUGGGAGCAUUGUUCCUGCCUGGGGCUGCACUACUGGGCUGGGUGUCAUGUGCCAGCUGCUGCUUCGCCAAGUUGUACUAUCGUCGUCCGUACCCUCUGCACAGGAAGAUCUUCCAGAUUGUACCCACUGGCAUGGCGUACAUUUUGGACAUUAGCCCUGUGGCACUGCGGCUUGCUUCAAGACACUGCUGUGAGCCUGUGCUGGUGUUGCAUGCCCUGCAAGUGGCCUUCUUCCUGUUGGCUGCCUUCUUCUUCUCGUGCCCAGUGCCUGAGCGCUUUUUUCCAGGGAAGUGUGAUAUUGUAGGUCAGGGGCACCAGAUCUUUCAUAUCUUCCUGGUCAUGUGCACCAUGUGCCAGAUGGAGGCAGUUUUUAAGGACUUCUCGGUGCAGAGGACCUCGAUAAUGAAGGUGCAUGGAGAGUUCAGCAUCUGGCUGGCAGCAGGCCUUUUCUUUAUCCUGGUGUUGUGCAGUAUGCUGACGGCGGCUCGAAUGAGGCAGAAUGUCCAAAGGCAACUGCAAAAAGAAAGAAUGAAGAGCGAAUAAAACUCAAUUUGAGGGGGUUACCUCCAGUUCUGGAAGGCUUCCAAACUGUGCUGUUCUCUAACACACAGCAGAUUCAGUGUACAAAUCUGACACGAGAGAACAUUUAUAAUGUGACACGCUUUUAUUAUAGGCAAAAAUUUAUUUCUGAGAACAUAAAGUCUAUUUUUGAGUGUUUUAUUGUACUGGGAAAGUGUGAAAUUUAGGCACACCAUGAGUAAGAAUAUGCCUUGUGAUAAUCUGUUAUAGAGAACAGAUCUCUAUCAGGCCAUUCACUGCUCUUUGUUGUGUAUUAGAAGGUGCUACCUGGUUUGAGAAUGAAUGGAACCAUAGAACUCAUGUUUUUAAUGCCAACAUGUGACACAUCACCACAUUUAACUGUGCAAGUACUCGAUAAUUACAAAACUCAGAUCUGUGACUGAAUAAGUUCUACAUUUAUAUGGCCAAAUGUAUGUGAACACCUGACAAUCACACCCUUAUGUGCUUCUUCCCCAAACUGUUGCCACAAAGCUGGAAGCACGAAACUGUAUAAAAUGUCUUUGGCUGUAGCACCAAACCACUUGCAUGCAAGCUCCACAAAGACAAGAUGUAUUAAGAGUGUCCUGCACAGAGCCCUGACUCUGACUCUGACUCAACCCCACUUUGAGUCUUCUUUGGGAUGAAUCAGAAAACCGACUGCACGUAAGACCUCCUCACUCAACAUCAGUACCUGAUCUCACUAAUGCUCUUGUAGCUGAAUGGUCACUAAUCCCCACAUCCAACAUAACUCAUAUAUGAGUGUGAUGGUCAAGGAUGCACAUGUUAUGUGGACUCACAUAGGACCAUAGUAUAUUGAAAAUUGUUUUAAAGAGCUCCAAUAAUAACUGGUUUCCGUUUACAUCAUUUAAUGCCGUUGUCUCACAUAUAGUCCAAUUUCUGUAUAAUCUGUCGCUUAGCCGGGGACACGGUGGCUUAGUGGUUAGCAUGUUCGCCUCACACCUCCAGGGUUGGGGGUUCGAUUCGCCUUGUGUGUGUGGAGUUUGCAUGUUCUCCCCGUGCCUCGGGGGUUUCCUCCGGGUACUCCGGUUUCCUCCCCCGGUCCAAAGACAUGCAUGGUAGGUUGAUUGGCAUCUCUGGAAAAAUUGUCCGUAGUGUGUGAUUGCGUGAGUGAAUGAGAGUGUGUGUGUGUGCCCUGCGAUGGGUUGGCACUCCAUCCAGGGUGUAUCCUGCCUUGAUGCCCGAUGACGCCUGAGAUACGCACAGGCUCCCCGUGACCCGAGGUAGUUCGGAUAAGCGGUAGAAAAUGAAUGAAUGAAUGUUGCUUAGCCACUGUUCCAUGCAUUAUCCUAAUAUGGGCCUGGGUGGCCUAUUUUCUGAUAAUCCUGUUCAGCCCAGACCCAAUUACUCACCUAAAUAGGACAAAGAAAUAAAUCUUGACUUGGCUUUAGUGCUAUCAGGAGGAGGAAUGUGUGAACAAAGAAGUCAGUUUUAUUUUGUGAGACUGUUUUUUUUUUUGUACCAAAAAGCCGGUCAGAACGCUGGCCCAAUAAAUUACCAGAUCAGAUUAGUUAAUCAGAUUUGCCACAGAGCCUCAAGAAUGUUCCCCUGCUCUCAGUACAAGGUCUUUACAGACGCAGGAAACAUAUCACAUCAAAAUAUGUGUAAAAGUUUCGGUUCUACGUGUUUGUAAGUUUGUUUGUAUUUCUAGUUAUAAUGUACUGUAUUGAAUGAAAAGGAUUGUUAUUACCUCAGCCAGUUGGUAAAGAAAGAAAGCUACAGUAUAUUAACUUUUCGGUUAUAGUGUACUGUAUUCUGUUUAAAAGAUUGUUAUUACCUCAGCCAAGUGGUAAAGAGAGACAGAAAGACGGUCAUAAUGUUCAGAGUAUUGAUGUUGAAGUAGGUUUUCAAUUGUACUAAUGAAGUGCUAAUAAAGCUCAAAACCAUCUCCACCGUGACGCCGAGAUGAAACUGUAAACUCACAG